GUCCCAUUUCCAUCAUACUUACAAAAAUGAUCAAGUCGUAUCCGGCGGCGGCCACCAAUAUUUCCACCGGAGUUACCACCGUGGAUUGCCAAAAGCAGGUCCGGUCAUGGCGGCUCCUCCGUGCCAUCAUGGAGUUCCUUAUUCCCAGCUGCAACUGCACCUUCGUCGAAGAAGAUACCGACGACGAAAACUCCAGUCAGACCUCCGACAACUAUCAACGCCGACAACAACCGCCCUACAUCUCUUCCUCCUCCACCACCAUCACCGGCACUCUGUUCGGCUACCGCCGCGGAAAAGUCAGCUUUUGCAUCCAAACAAGCUCCAAGUCCUCCGCCGCCGCCGCCCCGCUCCUCCUCCUCGAGCUCGCCGUCUCCACCACCACCCUCGCCAGGGAAAUGCGCGGCGGCGUGCUGAGGAUCGCGCUGGAGAGCAAGAGGAACGGGUCGCCGGGAACGCCUCUUCUGUCGACGCCGGUGUGGAAUAUGUACUGCAACGGGAGGAAAGUCGGGUUGGCGGUGAGCCGCAGGCCGGGAAAAGCGGACAUGGAGGUGCUGCAGAGGAUGCGUUCCGUGGUGGUCGGCGCCGGAAUCAUCAACGGUCAAGAUCUGAACCGGAAAGAUGAUAUCAUGUACCUGAAAGGAAAAUUUGAGAGAGUUCAUGGUUCGUCGGAAUCGGAAUCAUUUCAUUUGAUUGAUCCCGACGGUAAUGUCGGUCAAGAACUCGGCAUCUUCUUUCUCCAGUCGCGCCAGCAUUGAUGGCAUGCAUGCAUGCAUGUAGGGUGUUAUUAAUUACUCCGCACAUGUUUGACUCACUGGGUUGGUAAGUUGUAUUUGGAGAAGAGAUUAAGGUUCCAAACUCUACAAGAACAAUAUGAGGAGAAUUAUAUUCAAAGUGGACAGAUAUUCUGUGAACACCAACAUUUGACCUUAACUGCUAAGAGUGAGUUACUAUGAUCUAUAUUCUUCUAAAUGCUUUGUCCCGUCAAAGUAUGGAGGAUCUUGGGUUGGGAUUUAUUUUUUUCGGCUUUCAUGUCAUUGAAUUGUUUUCCCUUGACUUGCCGUGUACCCUUUUUUGAGUCAUGCUUUGUUGCAUGGCUUUUCCACCGGCACCGGAAAUAUUGUUUGAGGGUGUUUUAGCAGCCGAAGAAAACUAGCUUGAAAAGUUGUACUCUUUUUAAUUAAAGUAUUAAUAAUUGAAGAAACUUC